AUGGGUAACGCUCACUCAUCCGACAAAGUUGAUCCAACAAUUUUAACACCAAAACAGGUUCAGAUGUUAAAAGCCAAUACAAAUUUUUCUGAAGAACAAAUAAGAGAAUGGCAUGCAGGAUUUCUCCGUGAUUGUCCAAAUGGAAAACUUAGCAAAGAUCGUUUUGUUGAUGUUUAUGAACAAUUUUAUCCAGGAGGAAAAGCAAAAGAUUUUUGUAAAUAUGCUUUUGCAACAUUCGAUCGCGAUAAUAAUGGUACAAUCGACUUUACUGAAUUUAUGUUAGCAAUAGCAUUAACACAAAGUGGUGAUCUCGAUGAAAGACUUGCAUUGGCCUUUGAUAUGUACGAUUAUAAGAAUACGGGUACAAUCGAUACAGCAGAAAUGGCUAAGGUCAUCUCGGCAAUGUAUGAUUUAAUCGGUGAAACAGAUAGAAAAGGCGAUCGUGAUCCAAAACAUCGUGCGGAAGAAAUAAUUCGAAUUUGUGAUGUUACUGGUAAUAAAAAAUUAACAAAAGAAGAAUUUGUUGCCGGAUGUAAAAAUGAUCCAGUUAUUCGUCGUUUAUUAGUACCCAAUGCAUAA